AGCAAUCGAUCACAAGUUGGUCGUCUUCAUCAAAUUKACUCUAAAAUUUCCCUUUUCUUCGUUGCUAUUUUGAAUUUAAGAUGCCUAAAGCUUCAAAGAAGAGUGCAAGAAGAUCUUUAGAUUCGGAUGAGGAGGAUGCCCCUUCACAAUCACAGUCACAACGCAAAGGAAAAGGACCUACAAAGAAAAGAGCCAAAGAUAACGACGAUUCAUCACAAGCUUCUCCAAAAACACAAGAUAAGCUGUCUGGUGAUGAACUAGAGAGAAAGGUUUCUGAGACAGUACGAUAUUUGUUGUUCAGUGACAGAAGGAAGGUUCCUAUCAAAAGGGCUGAUAUAUCAAAGAAUGUAUUGAAGGAAUACCCAAGAUCAUUCCCACAGGUUAUGGACCUUGCUAAGAAAAAAAUGCAAAAGGUAUUUGGUAUUAUAGUAGAAGAAAUUGAACUCACAGGAAAGGCAAAGGCUUAUAUCUUGGUUGAUGGCUUGGAGUGUGAGAAAAAGAAUGAUUUACUUGAAUGGGGAGAUGAAUCACACAGGAUGGGACUGCUAAUGGUGAUAUUAAGUCUUAUAUUCAUGUCAGAGAAUGUGAUAUCAGAAGCUCAACUUUGGCACACAUUAAAGAAAUUAGGCUUACAACAAAAAUCAGAACAUCCAGUAUUCGGCGAUCCAGAGAAACUCUUAUCUCAAGAAUUCGUCAGACAGGGUUAUAUUGAGAAAAAGAAAAUAGUCGGAGAUGAAACAUCGUUUGAGUACAGAUGGGGAGCCAGAGCUUUCAAAGAAACGUCCAAGAUGCAAGUGUUGGAGUUUGUAGCAAAAAUUUAUGGUACUGAAACAUCAGUCUGGACAGCACAAAUGAGGGAGAUUCAACAAGAGCAAGAAGAAGCUACUCAAGAUGAAUGAUGUUUUCUUAUUUUGAACGAUAUUUUUAUUGUUGCUGUUGUUGUGCUUCGCGUUGAUUGUACAUGUAAAUGUAUAGGAUAGUUCUGUUACUUAUACUGCAUGUUACGUUUUUCCUCAUGUACAGUGUAAUCAUUUACGUUCUUAGCGUGACUGGUGCGUUUCUGGGUGCUGGAUCACUUGUGGAAUCCUAAAGGCUUGUUCACACUGCAAUUUUUAUGGCGGUUUUCAAAAAAAUAGUAUAUUUUGUCUUAUCAUUGUGAAGAGACAUUUAGUGGGCUCAUCUCAGUGUACUGCAUAAAACUUAACAAAUUAUUCAUUAACAAUAUUCUCUAGAAUCAAUCAAUCAUGUCCGCAAGAUUCACAAUGAAGUUGUCUUUCUAAGUUUGCAGUACUCGGAUGCUUAGACUAGAGCUAAGUCAUUAGUCUCCUCUCUCAGCCGUUAGGACGUUCGCUCCCAGGGCAGUGACCUGGGAACGA